UCAUCUUUCUGCCUACGGGACCAGAUAAUUUAUUUCCUUGGGGUUCAAUUCGGAAUGACGUUGGCUACCAGUCGAAAGAAAUCUUGCGUUCUAUGCCGGACCAGUAAAGCGCGGUGUUCACUCGGGACACCAUGCCGGCGGUGCGAGGAAAGGGAUUUGAGGUGCAGAUACGACCACGUGCCGAAGCAAUCAGCUGGAUACCGGUUACUACGUCCAGUCGAAUUGAUCAAUGACCGCAGUGUUCAGGGAGGGCUGGAUCAGUCACCCACGGGCACGGAAUCACGGGUCCGCGUUGAGAACGAGCAAGCAGGCCUGCUUCCAGAGGUCCACUUCCGUCCCGACCGGGAACCAUCAAUGGACUGGACGAAUCUCUUAUCGACAGAGACUGUUGGAAUUUCUGUAGACUCUGAGCUUGGUCUUCAGAGGCAACUCCUAGAUCCGGCCCCUUUCUCCUUGAGCUUCGACUUACCUCAACAACGCCAGACGGUGCUUGACGGCGUUGGAGUUCCGUGGCAGCGAAGUAGCUCGCACCUAUUCAUACCAGAGGACCUGGUUGCUUUGGGCGCCAUGGAACAUUCGGCCUAUGAAGAUCACGGAACCCCUUCAAGUGAAAUCCAGUUGCACAGGGCUUUCAGGGACUGCCCGGCAAGAAAAGUCCGGCCAUUCUAUCAAGACAAACCCCUCGCCCCACGAAUCACUAAAACCGUGGCAACGUGUUUCACAGCUAGAGUGCUCCUCGGCCAGAUACUGUGUUAUCCAAUUAUGAUGGUCAAGGGUGGUCGGCUGCCGCCUUUCAUAUUCCCACCCUGUGUCAUCGAUGGAUUGGCGUCAACAACUCGGUGUUGCGGCAAGGAGCUUCACCAGUGCCUUCCAGAACCGCUAGCCAUAUGUUGCAACCUCGUUCAAAGCUUCGAUCAGAGGACUCCAGGAAGUGCUGCUUUCGUGUGGAGGAGCAUCUACAGUGAAGUAGGCAAGAUCAGGCGUGAGCAUUCUUCCUAUGACUGCGAACAGCUGUUACAAGCUCUCCAGGCCGUCGUCAUAUAUCUGCUGCUCCAAGCAAAUGACCUCCAAUCAAUACCAGAACACGAUAUCAAAGCGCUACUAGCAUUGCCUAAUGUAAGAUGCCAGGAGACAGCACAGUGCUCUUACUGACUCGAGUAGCUGCUAGCGAGAUCGCUGCACAUGACACUAGAUUACGAGCUCGACCUAGCCAAGAGACUCAAGCUGGACCGUCGAGGCUGGGUCCUCCGCGAGAGUACCAGGAGGCAGGUUUUACUAGAUCGCAUUAUUCUGAGAAUUUUCGCUAACAGGAUGGAUUAAAGGACAAUCUGCCUUUUAUUUGG